AUGUCUUAUCCUCAAACGUCCAGUUGCCGGGAGUUUGUCCCGAACAAGUUCAACACGCACACACUAUGCAAAGUCACUUCUUUUGACGCUAUCCUCAACUGGGAGAAGUAUACAGUAAAACUUGAGCGGUUGGUUGCGGCAGCAUGGUCCAUCGUUGGAUCACGAUGGUUCUACAAGGAUGAAAUUCACUUUCAUCUUCGGGUAGCCAGAGAUAAUACGCAUGCGUCUCUUCCAGUGCGUGUGCUCACUGGACCUGAUAUGACUGUGGGGGGCCUACUACGGCAACUGGAGGCGCAAAUAGUACCCGAGAAUCAGGGUAUCUUGUCCAAACACAACGCCGCAGAGCAUGCCCAACCUCAAGGGUUUUCCAUCGUCUAUGGAUCAGAACCGAAUGACGGCAAAAGCGACUGCACACUUAUGUUAGAGUGCGGUCGACGAGAGUCGGGGUUGCACUUCGAGGUGUAUACUUCUGGGGAUGUCCUCCGCUUGGAAGAGGCUCAGAGACUGGCUCGCUCAACGCAGAAGCUGCUUGAGCAGUUUACCUGCGGUCAGCUCGAGCACACGGUCUUGUCGGAUAUCGAUAUGAUCAGUGAGCGUGACCUCGCAGACGUCUGGCGGAGAAACGGGACGGUUCCCCAAGCGAUCGAGACUCCCGCUCAUGAAACUAUUCGGCGACAUGCCAGUGAGCGUCCAGAGGCAUGCGCGGUAUGUGCAUGGGAUGGAUCCUGGACAUACAAGGAACUGGAUGAUCUUUCAACUCGGUUGGCGCUGGGCUUGAUUCGAGCAGGGGUGGGGAGGGGCGUGACCGUACCCCUGUAUUUUGAAAAAUCGAAAUGGAUGCCAGUCGCGAUUCUGGGGGUAAUGAAGGCGGGGGGUGUUUUCCUUCAGUUGGCUAGCUCUGUUCCCAAAGGUCGAACAGAAGCCAUCUUGAGUGUGGACAAGCCUCCGUUUGCCCUCACCGGCCCAGACGCUCCAAGUUGGCUGGCCGAUCUUGUGCGAACAUACACGGUGCAUGAUCUCCUGUCGCAGGAUACCGAAGGAUUAUCCCCCAUCCCCAAGUGCUCUUUGAGCCAAGAUUGUGUUCAACUAUUCACAUCCGGAAGCACGGGCCAGCCAAAGGGCAUUGUCUGGACGCAUGAAGUACUGGCGACCAACUGCCAGGAGAUCGCCAACAUACAGUCGAUGGGUCCGCACACGAGGCAGUUUCAGACCGCUUCCUAUGAGUUUGACGUGAGCAUGAUGGAAACGAUUGCCGUGCUCUUAGCGGGAGGUUGUCUCUGUAUCCCACCGGAGCAAGACGGCGUGAACUGCUCUCCCGCCACUCUCGAGGCGCUGCGAGCCAACUCCGUCUACUUGACUCCAACCUUGGCCGAAGCCCUCGAUCCGGACGCUGUUCCCUCCCUGAAGACUCUUGCCUUGGAGGGUGAGAUAUUACCCAAGCAUGUUGUGUCCAAGUGGGCCGGACGGGUGACGAUGUUUAACUUCUACGGGCCUGCCGAAUGUCCCCACGUUGCUGCAUGCGUUAUCGACCCGGACGCCUUCCAGACGGGGUUCGCCGGAUCAACUUCUGUCUGUCUGCGGUGGGUAGUCGACCCUCACAACCACGAAAAGCUCCUGCCUGACGGAGCAAUCGGGGAGUUGUUGGUGGAGGGACCAAUCCUCCUCGACCGGUACGUCGGGAAUGUCCCGAAUGCAGCACCGUUUGUUAGCCCUCGCUGGUUACAUUGUGGUUGUCCUGGCGUUCCCGGGCGAGAGGGACGACUGUUCAAGACGGGCGACUUGGUCCGUUGUGACGACAAUGGGGAUUUGACCGUCAUUGGCCGCAAGGACACCCAAGUGCAGAUUCACGGCGAACGGGUGGAGCUCUCCGAGGUCGAGCACAAUGUGCGCCGGUUCCUAAAGGAUCAUGUUGGAGUGGUAGCCGAAAUGAUCAUUCCCUCAGGAUAUACCAAGCCGAUCUUGGCUGCCUUCCUAGUAAUUGGCGACGACAUGGCUUUGUCCCCUCGCGGUCCCGGGGGAAUUCUGAAAGACCUCAUAUCCGGCGUUGAGCGUCUGGCUGACUACGUACCGCAGACGUUCAUCCCUGCUGUAUACAUACCGGUGAGGCAGAUUCCGAUGACUGUCUCUGGGAAGACCAAUCGGCGCGAACUGCGUCAGAUGGGGUCAUCCAUGACCUUGGAAGAGUUGGCUGCAGGACAUCUCGCAUGCAGGGGAGAAACAGGAGAGUGA